AUGUCUAUUGAUUUAACUGAACUAACAACUCCACCAAUUCAACAUCUUAGAAAAAGAAAGGUGUUGUAUAGUGAUCUUUUUACUAAAGAUCUCUUUGAAGAAAGAAAUCUUCCACCAGAACAUAAAGAUGCCAAAACUUAUAGGGAAGUUCAGUGUCUUAAUUAUCU